GAAACUUAAGUAAAAGCAGACUCGGAGCAGAGGAGAAAAGAGACACGUAGGACGGUCGUCUGGUUGAUCUGAAAACUUUUACUCUCCACUGAUUUCUCCUCUAACAUCAUGAGCAUGCCAAACACAUUGAGGAUUGUCCUACUGGGAAAAACAGGAGUUGGAAAGAGCAGCCUUGCUAACAACAUAUUUGGAGAGGCCAUAUUCAAAAUAAACAAUUUGAAUGACUUGGAAAGGCACUGUACUACACCCGAAACCAAAUAUGCCAAUGGAAGAAGCAUCACUUUGAUUGACACUCCUGGUUUCUUUGACCAAGGCAGGUCUGAGGAGAAGAUGAAGCCUGAGAUAGUGAGGUGCAUCACAGAGUGCGCUCCUGGGCCUCAUGCUUUUCUCAUUGUGCUUAAAGUGGAGAAAUUCACAGAGCACGAGAAGGCUGUCAUCACACAGAUGUGUGAAGAUUUCUCUGAAAAUGCUCUAAACUAUGCUGUGAUUGUCUUCACUCAUGGUGACCAACUCCCAGAGGGAAUGAAAAUGGAGGAGUAUGUCGAGGAAAGUAAGGGUCUGAGUGAUCUGUUGAAGAAGUGUGGGGGCCGAUGCCACGUCGUUGAUAAUAAAUACUGGAAGAACAGCCAAGAGGACGACUACAGAAGUAACCAGUUCCAGGUGGCAGAGCUGCUCAACACCAUAGACAAGAUGGUGAGAGAAAACAAUGGAGGAUUCUACACUGAUGAAAAGCUAAAAGAAGUGGAGAGAAAAAUUCUGGAAGAGGAAGAGCUCAUCAGACGAUCAUCAGGAAACAUGUCACAGGAAGAGACCAGGAAGCAGGCUAAGAGCAACGUCUUCAAGAAGCAGGUGGAUGAUGCAGCUCCAAGAAGGAUGAGAGUUUUAAUGAAGUUUGCAGUCAUAGCUGGAUUAUUUGCAAUAGUCUCAGCUCUGUUGAUCAAUUCAAAAUUUGUGAAGGUGUUAAAGAAUUAA